GAAUGUUGCACAGAUGCGCGGCCAGCAUCAGAGGCCCUUGAACAGGUAUACAAAGGUGCCUAGGCUGAAAAUCAAGGAUACUCAUGGAUUUGGCGGGCCAAGCCAAGUACAGGCAGCCGCCAUUUGCAACGCCGAGUAGAUGAAAAGUGAGAGAUUUCUCAAGUAUGGGGAUGGGCCGGUAUUUCGGUGGUUGACGGUGGAGACGACGAGGAACUAUCAAAUUUCCCCAUUCGGGUCUCUUUUCGGGCCUCCGGAGAUAAUGAUUCCCACUGACGGUCAUUCACGGAUUUGGCAUUGUCCUCAAACAGUUAUUCAGCCAUCUGACGCUUUGUGCACCUACACAUCAAGUCAAGGCUUGGAAAUCAUUUCACUGUGAUCGCAGGUGCCUAUGUGGUGGGAUAUAAAAUAAUGGGCGCCGCCAUGUACACUCGACUGGUCCGAUCAAUCGUUCUAUUCUUGAAGACUCCAGUCAAACGGCGAUUCUACCUGCCUGCUGCACACCACAAUCCUCAGCCCAGGAAGAUUAUUUUAAGUAUCUUUCAUCGACAUGGUCGGCUAUAUACAAUUUCUCCGAGGCCAAUUCCAGACGCCGCCUCUACCUAAGGUCGAUCUAACGGGCCGCGCCAUUGCGAUCACUGGUGCGAAUUCCGGGCUUGGACUGGAAGCCGCCAAACAAUUGGUUCAGCUCAACUGUAGCACUAUCGUACUGGUAUGCCGCUCGCUGUCCAAAGGGGAACAGGCCAGGAAAAUCAUUGAAGCAACACCGAGCGGCAACGGUCAGAAGCCAAAAUUCGUUCUUCUCGAGCUUGAUCUCGGCUCUUUUUCCAGUGUUGUUGCCUGCGCUGAGAAAUUCAAAGAACUUCCACGCUUGGAUGCCGCUAUUCUCAAUGCUGGGGUAGAACUUCACAAGUUUUCACUGUCCGAGGGUUAUGAGAGUACGAUCACCGUGAAUGUGAUUUCGACCUUUCUCCUCGCGACCUUACUGAUCCCGACAUUACGACAAUCAGCCACGAAAUACAACAUCACGCCCGUCAUAGCCGUGACUGGAUCAGCCGUACAUUUUUGGGCCAAGACACAGGAUCUUACCACUCCUCCAGACGGACAAAUCCUCACAACGCUUUCCGACCCCAAGAAAACGGCCAUGGGUAACGACCGAUAUUUCCUGAGUAAACUUCCUGUGAUGCUCCUGGUGAAACGUUUUGCGAAAGUGCUCACGGCAUCGGCGGAAUCUGACCCUAUCGGCAAGCCAUUGGUCGUCAUCAACAACGUCGCUCCAGGAUUUUGCAAUACCAAUCUCUUUCAGGACGCCGGAGCAGCAGCAAAGGUCGUGGCUAAAUUUGCAGCUCGAUCUGGUGAACACGGGGCACGGACUCUGGUCCAUGGCGGGACGGCCGGGAAGGAAACCCACGGCCAGUAUCUGAGCGAAUGUGAAGUCAAGCCAUACAGUCCGUUUGUCAAGAGCCAGGAAGGUGAUCAGACAGCAGAGAGGCUGUGGGAUGAAUUGAGCGUCAUCUACGAGAAACUCCAGCCUGGGUGUACGAAAGAAUUGUAACUUGGAUGGACUGGGACAUGUAAACAUACGGGUAAUGAUCGUGGCCAAUGGAUAAUAAUCGAUUUCUAUUAGUGCUCAAGUUGUUCCUCUUUUUCG